GCCUGCAAUGUCAGAUUUUGUGUCUGGAUCACUUCACACUUUUUCUGAUUACGCCUUUCUAACUACUUCCUUUAGAAAGGAGUGUUUCAAAACAAGAAGUUAUAUGAUCUUUAAAAAGGAAUAUCUUGCAAUCGUUGUAGCACCGGGUAUUAAGAAUUACUGAGGGCUGUGCCUGUGUGUACUUUACUCACAGUAUUUCACUGGACCUUAGACACGCUGCCAUAAUUAUUUGGCCACCUUGUUUUUUUGCACAUUUGGAGUGCGGUAACAUUUGGGCCAGGCUGUUGUUAAUGCGCCAUCUUGUAAGAUCAGCCCAAUAACUGUGGUGCCAUCUGCAAACUUAAUACUGCGCUUGCUGCUGUCAGUGACUGUACAGUCAUAGGUGAACAAGAAGUACAGCCUGAAACUGAGAGCCUUUGGGAGCUCUGUCUUCAGUUGACUAAGUAAAUGAUCUGCUGUGCAACAGAGGUCUGGCUUCUCAUUGCUGACGGAGAUUAGGAGGACAGCAGAGAAACUGCAGCCAUGAGAGUUCCAGAUUCUCUCUGCUUGUGGGCAGCAACUCUGUUAAUCCUGCCUGGUGGUCUCUGUGGCGAUUGGUCUGUAUUGUAUCCACAGACCUCUAUCUGUGCUGUCCCAGGCAGUACUGUGGUCAUUCCCUGUUCAUAUAAUUAUCCUUCUAAGGAUAGACUGAAAGUGAACACUGUGAUGUGGUGUAUUAAUGAUACUGACUGUAUUGCAGAUUCUGAAACAAAACAUUAUGUUUAUCACUCUCAAACACCAAAUAACAGGUUGAAGUUUAGUCAAAGAAUUAGGUACCUAGGCAAUAAAAUGGAUAACUGCACUUUAAAGAUAACAGAUGUAGGAAUAUCAGACCAGGAGACAUAUAGAUUCCGAUUUGAAACAAAUGACCCUCAAGGACGCUGGGUUGGUCAACCAGGAGUGACACUUUCGAUUACUGAAUUAAAGAUUCAGAUGAGCCCAACAGGAAAGUUGGAGGAAGUCAGAGAAGGAGAUAACUUGAACUUGAGCUGUGUUCCAGAGGGAUGCUCACUAACACAGACCGAGUUUACAUGGUUUAAGAACGGACAGCCCCUCUCAAGCCCAUGGGCCACAGAAAACACACUUCGCUUUAAUCCUGUGUCCUCGGAACAUGCUGGCACCUACUCCUGUGCUUUGAAAGGCCAUGCAAAAACAGAAUCUGUAAUGUUCGCUUUGGAUGUUAGAUCUGAAUUCAAUACAUUGAUGAUUGCAGCUAUAUUGGGACUUGUGCUACUAGUCAGCAUAGCCACUCUAGUGAUUUACAUUUGUAUCAGAAGGAAGAAGGCUGGUCAACUUAAAGGGGAGAAUAGCAGAAACAUGAAGGCUAGGGACGUUCUUAACAACAUUUAUGAUGAAGUACUACAACCUAACAUCCCGGAGUCAGAGCACAUGCAGAGAACUCCAUCUGAAGAAGAUGAAGUCUGUUAUUCAGCAGUUUCCUUUCCACCCAAGACAGCAUCAUGUCAAGAGACCAAUGACUCCUCAGUUCUCUACAGCACUUUAAAGAGAUAAAGGAACGAUCAUGCAUCCAUUUUCUGGCCGCCUUAACCUACUAGUCUUUGGACUGUGGGAAGAAACCAGAGCACCCAGAGGAAACGCACACAACAAGUGAGAACAUACAGUACAAGCUCCUGGCAGAUGGCACCCAAGGUCUAGAAUUGAACCAAGGACCCCAGCGCUACAAGGCAGUGAUGCUAACCUGCAUGCCACUACACUGACUGAGAAAACAAAGAAAAAGAAAGAAAUAUUGCUCUUUAUAUCGAAGGUGCUAUCAGUUAAAAAUCAAUAAGAUGACAUGUUCCGAACCGUAUAAUAGGAUAUGAACACAAGAUUUAAAACUCUAGGAUUUUUUAUUUAAUUUGUAAAGCACAUUACAUGCUUAAUAAACCUCAUUUUUAUAUUGAUGUAUAAAAAAAUGUUUUAAAAUGAAAAUCCCAAAUAUGCCAUUGGAAUGUAUUACAGUUUUUGUAAUUUCACGGUUCCAUUUUUAAAUUUAAUCUAGAAUGCAUAUUGAACAGUCAAUUAUUCUGUUUUUUCCAUCUUAAAGCAGAUUUAUAACUUAUUUACACUUUUGCUUUGGCAUUGUGUUUGAGGGCAGGAAAACGAGAAACAAAAUAGGGAGCCUUUCGAGGGAAUGGUUCUGCACUGCACAGACUGAGUAAAGACGCUGAUAUCGGCGCCCGAUUUAGCUCUUUCAUGACAUAAUCAUACACGUACAGGAGCAAAAUUGAACUACAACAUACAGUAGGUCGCAAAGCAAACUAGGGAAGUUAAGAAAUUCUUUGUUCUCUUUCUGUCCUCCUCAUCUACUAUCUCUAAAUCUUUUAACUAUUCUUUAUGGUGGAAAUAAAGUGGUUGAAAUCC